AUGACCAUCCCGGAAGAAGUCGACAUCAUCAUAUGUGGUGGUGGCAGCUCAGGAUGCGUUCCUGCGGGCCGCCUCGCCAACCUUGAUCAUAACCUUUCCGUAUUGCUGAUUGAGGCGGGUGAGAGUAAUCUGAAUAAUCCAUGGGUCUAUCGUCCUGGUAUCUAUCCAGUGAACAUGAAGCUUGACUCAAAAACUGCAUCAUUCUAUCACUCUCGCCCUUCAGAGCAUUUGGAUGGCCGUCGGGCGAUCGUUCCAUGUGCAAAUAUUCUUGGGGGUGGAAGCUCAAUCAAUUUUAUGAUGUAUACUAGAGCAUCUGCCUCAGAUUACGAUGACUUUCAAGCAAAGGGUUGGACUACUAAAGAGCUGCUCCCUCUCAUGAAAAAGCACGAGACAUAUCAGCGUGCUUGCAAUAAUCCAGACCUGCAUGGAUUUGAAGGCCCUAUCAAAGUGUCUUUCGGAAAUCACACGUAUCCUAUUGCACAAGACUUUCUCCGUGCCGCUGAAUCUCAAGGGAUUCCGGCCACUGACGAUCUGCAAGAUUUAAAGACUGCUCAUGGUGCUGAACACUGGCUCAAGUGGAUCAAUCGUGAUACUGGGCGACGAAGUGAUGCGGCCCAUGCAUAUGUGCAUAGCACUCGAUCAAAGCAUUCUAAUCUUCACUUGCAGUGUAACACUAAAGUGGAAAAAGUGAUCAUCGAGAAUGGCCGUGCAGUUGGGGUCGUAACAGUCCCCACAAAGCCUCUCAAUGGAGGGGAGCCAGUUCGCAGAAUAUUCCGGGCGCGCAAACAAAUCAUUGUAUGUGGCGGUACUCUCAGCUCCCCGCUGAUUCUGCAGCGGUCGGGAGUUGGGGAUCCGGAGAAGCUUCGCCGUGCGGGUGUCGAGCCCUUGGUGGACUUGCCCGGGGUGGGGCGUAACUUUCAGGAUCACUAUCUCACCUUCUCGGUCUACAGAGCCAAACCGGAGGUGGAGACCUUUGAUGACUUCGUCCGAGGGGAUCCCAAAGUGCAAGAGAAAGUGUUCCAAGAGUGGAACACGAAGGGCACCGGCCCUUUGGCAACCAACGGCAUCGAUGCUGGGGUCAAGAUUCGACCCACGCCAGAGGAGCUGAACGAGAUGAAAAAGUGGCCAACCCCCGGGUUCGAAAGCGGAUGGGAGUCGUACUUCAAGAACAAGCCCGAUAAGCCAGUGAUGCACUACUCGGUCAUAUCUGGCUGGUUCGGAGAUCAUAUGCUCAUGCCACCGGGCAAAUUCUUUACCAUGUUCCAUUUUUUGGAGUACCCAUUCUCCCGUGGUUCCACCCAUAUUCAAUCGCCUGAUCCCUAUGAGGCGCCCGACUUUGAUGCAGGCUUUAUGAAUGACAAGCGCGAUAUGGCACCCAUGGUCUGGGGAUAUAUAAAAUCCCGUGAGACCGCCCGACGAAUGGAUGCAUAUGCCGGCGAAGUGACUGGAAUGCACCCUCAAUUCGCCUUUGAUUCCCCUGCCAGUGCUAAAGAUCUUGAUCUUGCAACUACCAAGGCCUACGCCGGACCGAAUCAUAUUUCCGCGGGCAUUCAGCACGGCUCUUGGUCGCAACCUUUGGAGCCUGGGAAGCAGCCAGCAGCCUCUGUUCUCAGCUCUAACAGACAUGAAGACCGUGGCUCGCUUCAAUACACAAAGGAAGAUAUUUCACACAUCGAGAAAUGGGUUCAACGUCACGUCGAAACGACUUGGCACUCUUUGGGCACUUGCAGCAUGGCACCACGGGAGGGAAGCUCCAUUGCGCCCCACGGAGGUGUCGUGGACGAGCGUUUGAAUGUCCACGGAGUGAAAGGGCUGAAAGUCUGUGAUCUUUCGAUAUGCCCCGAUAAUGUGGGUUGCAACACUUUCAGCACUGCUCUUCUUAUUGGGGAAAAAUGUGCAGUUUUGACCGCCGAAGACCUCGGGUAUUCAGGGGAGGCUUUGCAGAUGAAAGUACCGCCCUAUCAUGCCCCAGGAGAAUUUGUCAAUCUCGCCCGGCUAUAG